AUGAGCUCCGUUCUGGAAGUACUAUUAAAUCGGGGCCACACGAUUACAGUAGUGUCACCAUUUCCGAGGAAGACACCGCACGAGAAUUACACAGAAAUCGACGUAUCUAAACUAGUGCCGAUUGCAAUAGCAUCGCCUUGGGAAACGGUGGUCGGAGUGUACAAGCCCCCUAUGAGAUGUCUGAAAUUCCUAAACGACGUUCAACAGCACAUGUGCCGCACAGCAUUCGACCACCCAGACCUCCAGCUUGCGCUGCACACGCAGCACUUCGAUCUCGUAAUCACAGAGUUGCUUGCCUCCCGGUGCGACUUGUACUUGGCCAGCCACCUGGGUAUACCACACGUGGCCAUCAUGUCCAGUCAGAUGCUGACCUGGUACCAGGAUUCGUUCGACAGCCCGUCGAACCCGUCGUAUAUCACGACCCUGAACUCGCCCUACCCAAAGCCGGAGACGUUCGUCCAACGGUUUUGGAACGUCGUCGACUAUGUGACAAUUUUUAUGUACUUCAAGUACAUUGACACUGCGGCCACGGUAAUGGGCCGUAAGUAUUUCGGCAACGACAGGCCGCACGCUGAGGCCUUACUCCGAAACGUAUCAAUGGUGUUCCUCAAUACGCAUUCGAACUUCGACUUGUCCAAACCGUUGGCGACCAAUUUCAAAGAAAUCGGAGGCAUACACUUAAAACCACCCAAACCGUUGCCCACCGACCUGCAGGAAUUUAUCGACAGCUCUGAGCAUGGAGUAAUAUAUUUCAGUUUGGGGUCCGUGGUCAGGAUGGAAGAUUUACCAUUGGCCAUACAACAUGGACUCAAAGAUGGAUUCGGAGAAUUAUCGCAAAAGGUUUUAUGGAAGUUAGAGUCAGAUCGACCAAUUAUCAAUCUGCCCAAGAAUGUAAUUACAAGAAAAUGGUUUCCUCAGUAUGAUAUUAUAAGACAUCCAAAUGUAAAACUUUUUAUCACACACGGUGGUAAUUCUGGCGUUAUCGAAGCGACUAGCGCAGGCAUUCCGGUACUAGGCUUUCCGAUAUUUUUUGACCAGCCAAGAAAUUUGGAACUUUUCAAGCAUUGGGGUUCCGGCUUGUUUGUAGACUACAAUAAUUUUACGAAAGAAGACUUUGUAUGCAAGAUUAAACGGAUUCUAAGCGAUCAAAGGUUCAAAGACAAUGCCGUGGAUUUAUCUCACCGUUUCCACGAUCGUCCGCAUAAUCCUAAAGACACAGUGGCCUAUUGGAUAGAGUACGUGUUACGACACGACGGAGCACACCAUCUGAAAUCAGAAGCCGUAAAUACUAAUUGGUAUCAGUACUUCUCUUUGGACUUUCUUGUUAUAGCCUUCGUUAUUAUAAUAUCAUUAUUGUAUUUCUUUUACAAUGUUAUUUCGAUCAUAUUAAAAUGA